AAACGAAAUGAACGUCAUUCCACUCGGUAGUGUGUUAUUGGUAUACAUAUUCGUAUAAAUUGCCGUGUGUAUUAAGGAAAAUUCUUUCAAUAAACAUUCAAAAAUAAUAGUUUUCUCGUAAUGUCGGAAACCAAGAAAGUACUGUUCGUGUGCUUGGGAAAUUCUUGUCGCUCACCGAUGGCUGAAUCGGUUCUAAGAUCAUUUGCAGUUGAUAACAAUAAUUUGUUCAUCGACAGUGCGGCUAUUGCCGACUGGAACGUUGGGCGUUCUCCAGAACCGCGUUGUAUCCAAGUAUUGGCUGAACACAACAUGACAUCCGACCACAUAACGAGACAAAUUUCUGAUAAUGACUUCUUGGAGUUUGACUACAUAUUUGGUAUGGAUGAUUACAACAUAGAAGAUUUAAAGGAAAGAGCACCUCAGACAUCGAAAGCUAAAAUUUUACUUCUUGGCGAAUAUGACUACAACAAACCGAAUGUGAUACCAGAUCCGUACUUUGAUCGUGGUAUACAUGGAUUUAGAAGUGCAUAUGAGCAAAUAUACCGUAGCUGUAAAAAUUUCUAUCAAGACGAAAUAUUGCAAAAUAAAGUUUAAUAAAAUUGAAUCCCUAGAAUCUCCAGAAACACUGUACAAAAAUGAAAAAGUAAAUAAAUUUUUAUUUGAAGA